ACCUUCCUCCUCCUACCGAGUACCGACAACACAACGCCAGCCCCCCCACACACACACACACCAUAUGGCGACCCUCGGAGGCUGAUGAAUGCACCGCCUUGGGCUCAGCUCAUCAUAACGUUGGUUUUCCUCCCCUUCCUCUGGUAUAUUUGUGUGUGUAAUCCAGGCGGUUCUCCAGUGGGUUGGGACCGAGAGAAGCCGAGAAGGAUGUCUGUCGCCGGGUUCAAGAAGCAGUUCCACAAAGCCAGUCAGCUAUUGAGUGAGAAGAUAAGUGGGACUGAGGGAACGAAGCUUGAUGAAGACUUCAUGGAGAUGGAGAGAAAAAUUGAGGUCACCAACAAGUCUGUGUUUGACCUCUUGUCCAAAACGACGGAAUACCUCCAGCCUAAUCCAGCCUCGAGAGCCAAGCUGGGCAUGCUGAACACAAUGUCUAAGAUGCGCGGGCAGGUGAAGACCACUGGCUACCCCCAGACAGAGGAUCUGCUUGGGGACUGCAUGCUGCGCUACGGCCAGGAGCUGGGAGAGGACUCUGUCUUCGGCAGUGCACUGAUGGAAAUGGGCAAGGCCAUGAGGCAGCUGGGCGACGUGAAGGACGGGCUGGACAUCAACGUCAAGCAGAACUUCAUCGACCCGCUGCAGAACUUCCAGGAAAAGGACCUCAAGGAGAUCACGCACCACCUGAAGAAGAUGGAGGGCCGGCGGUUAGACUUCGACUACAAGAAGAAGCGGCACGGCAAGAUGCCCGACGAGGAGAUCCGCCUGGCGGUGGACAAGUUUGAGGAGAGCAAAGAGCUGGCGGAGAGGAGCAUGUUCAACUUCUUCGAGAAUGACGUGGAGCAGAUGACCCAGUUGUCUGCGUUGAUCGAGGCCGCACUAGAAUACCAUCGACAGUCCACCCACAUCCUGGAAGAACUCAGUGGGAAUCUACAACAGAGGAUAGCUACAGCCAACAGCCGGCCCAAGCGCGUGUUCAAACCAAAGCCCCUUCUGAGCACCUUCGACAGCUACGACGGCAGCCAACACAACGGAUUGUCUUACAGCUCCUCCAUCAAGACGACGGAUAACCAGAUCAGCCAGACAAUCAAUGGGAAAAACCAUCACAUCACCUCCACCCCUCUGUCCUGGCCUGACAGCCCGGAAACUAACGGCACCUCCCACCUGUCCGAGGUGCCCGACCAGCCGUGCUGCCGCUCGCUGUACAACUUUCAGCCGGAGAACGCGGGCGAGCUGGGCUUCAAGGAGGGCGACCUCAUCAUCCUCACCAACCAGAUUGACGAGAACUGGUACGAGGGCAUGAUCAGUGGCGAGUCCGGCUUCUUCCCCAUCAACUACGUGGACGUCAUCGUCCCCUUGCCCCAGUGAGCCCCAGGGGUCCCCACGAGGGAGCCCGGUGGCCCCAAGCCUCCAAAACUUUUCUCCGCCUGAGCCGAAGAAUCGAACAAGCCUUAGUAUUGCAAAAGACGUUUUGGAUUUUGAAAAAGAAGAAUUGCUUGAGGGUUGGUAGCGUCCUUUUAUCGUGAACCUUAUGGUUAUGACUAUACACCAUCCAUAGGAAAUGGCCUGCCUGUUUUAACCCGGCUAGAGCCCGUGAACUCCGGGGGGGAGAAUGCUGGGUCCUACCUUGGGUUCUCGGGGAAGCGAAUCUAAUGUCAGGAGCGGUCACCCAAACUGUACAUUUCAGGUGCUUCAACCGAUUUCAGAUAGCUUCACCGUCGGCCCUUUCAGAAGCCUGUGAGCAAAACUACCCUGACGUUCUUUACUGAUUUCACCCUGGAAACCUUUGGCACAUAUACACCUUGUUCGCACAUUGUUAUCACGUUAAUAACUGUUUCACUGCAGGUCAGGUGAAUGUUCUUCAUUUGUCUUUGUUACUACCGCAGAGAAAAACAAGUCGUUCCUUCCGGAAGUAGACAAUAAAGUGCAUGUAUUCUGUGUCAAGGAGGCCCUACGAGGCCUUAAUAGGGGUGAGGGACUCCAAGUCGAGUCUUAACCCAAUCAAAAUGGAAAAUGAAUCCAUGCGCCUUUUGGCUCUUGCUCAGUGCUGCCCCCUGCCUUUCACCCAUAGCCACAGGCAUUCCACGUGAAUGGAUUGAACGCCUUGUUCCAAAGAAUGCUCAUACGUUAUAGCUGACAACUAAAAAUACAGGUGGGUAAUCUCUUCAAAGUCUGACCACACACACUCCAAACAUCAACGGACUGUUCUUUGAAACAUCAUUGGUGUGUUUUCCCUGACAUUUCAACCCCAAACCUUUGGUAGGCAGCCCUUGUGAUUAUUGCUACUUGGAGUAAGGUUGGCCUGUGUUCAUGGGCCAUGUCACACUCUAUUUUCUUCUCUCCCUCUGUCUCUCUGUCCGUCUGUCUCGCUCUCUCUUCUCUGUCUUCUUCUUUCUUGUCUCUCUCUCUUUGUCCUUCCUUUCUCUCGUGUGUUAACAUGGGUUCUGUGGCGCGACUCUUGGUUAGGUCUGCCCCACCUAUCCGUUAGAUAGUGGACCCAUUCAGGGUCUUCACUGUUACUAUUUUAAGUCCUUUGUCUUGGAAGGCGGGGGGGUCAGUCUGUCUGUCUGUCUGCCUUUCUGUAUUGCACUGAAGCCUAGGCGUCUACUACCAAACACGGAUGAGCACCUAGGUUGUUUUUUCUUUCUUCUCGCACUUUCUGUUGUUAACGGUGGGUCGGGCCGUGGGUGGGUUUGAGUCCCAACAGCAUAGUGAACAUAUAUGACCUCACAUUUGUUGUUUUCUUUGAUUAUACAUUCGCAGAACCCCAGAACUGUUCAAACCACUAUGGAAUGUAAAAUCCCAAUGUCGUAAUGUUAUCUUGGAGGUUUCAUGUCUAAUGUGAAUUCCGGUUUAAAUGAAACCCAUGUGAAUGUAAAAUGUCCCCACUGUAUUACCCGUACUAUAACACGUGUGUCACCCAGUCCAGAUUAUUUACUCUGCUGUUUUGGUCUCGCAUCAAGUGGGCAGAUAAGUAGUAUUCUAUUGGUUAGGCUAAGCUGAUAAACCUGUGGUCAAUUUGAGAAGUCCUUGGGACUCA